AUGGCCUCCAAAGACCAAGAGUCCGUCUACCCCCUAGAGGGAGGUUGCGCCUGCGGUUUAAUCCGCUACCGCCUCGAAAUCCGACCCCUCAUAGUCCACUGCUGCCAUUGCACAGCCUGUCAGCGCGAAAGUGGCUCUGCAUUCGCCAUAAACCUCCAAAUCGAGUCAAAAAUGGUAACCGGUCUCCCCUCAACCGCCGUCAAAAUCCCAGCAUCAAUCAAUUCACCGGCCAAACCAGCCGGUCCAAUACUCGUCCCUGCAACGGGCCAUAUUGUCGAGCCGGAGCUAGUCACCGUCCCUUCUGAGUCUGGUGAAGGUCAAGAUCUGGCUAGAUGCCCUACAUGUCGUGUGGCUGUUUGGUCGCAUUAUGGUGGUACGGAAUCUCUCGUUAAGUUUGUCAAAGGUGGCACGCUGGAUGAAGCGUGGAAGGUGCAGCCGGACGUGCAGAUUUAUACGAGGAGUAAGAGGAGCUUUUUUAAGCUUGAUGGGAGUGUGCCGGAAUUUGAAGAGUUUUAUAGGAGGAAUGAGGUUUGGAGGGCGGAGAGUCUGGAAAGGUGGGAGCAGAUGAUCAGGGAUAAUGGAAGGCAGUAG